CACAUGUCCUGGUACUAAGACGAUAUCUGCAACAGACAAUGUUCAACUAUUGACCUCAAAUAACUUUCCAGACCCAUAUGAAAGCGAUGGAGUUUGUGAUGUAAAAAUAAUUGCUGACGAAGGGAAGUCUGUUCAUUAUCAAUUGACAUUUAACAAUGUGGAGAAUGAUUCCAGGCAGAAAAACCUAGGGGCUUGCAGAGAUGGCUUUAAAAUAUUUGAUGGAUCUAUGAAGGAAAACAAACUCUAUGACAACUGUGCUUUAUUCCAUCCUGAAAACGGGGGUCAAAGUUCGGAGAGAGCUCUACGUAUCCUAUUCGCACCAGAUGGUUUUGAGCAGGAAACCGGGUUUCUAAUUCUCUUCAGCCAGAAAGACGAAUGUGCACAGGAAACUGAACCUUGUGACACCAACGCUGAAUGUUUCAACACUGACGGCUCCUUUCGCUGUGAAUGCAAGGAGGGAUUUAUCGGAGACGGGUUUCAAUGUGACCAAGUUACAACCACUACCACACCUACCACACCUACCACACCUAUCACACCUACCACACCUACCACACCUACCACACCUACCACCACAAAGGAUCCCAGACGACUUCCGCUAAUCCUGACCUCCCUCGGGACUGCUGCAGUCGCCAGUGGUGUUGGAUUGUUGGUUCUUCUGUUUGGCCUCAGUACCAACUGUUAAAUUAUGUAUUUCUGUGGCAGAAGUAGAUGGAAAUGUUUAUGAUUCUGCAAGAGUAAAAACCAAAAAUGU